ACUCAAGAUACACGUGCUCAUACCUCAUUGGAUACAGACACAUCAUUUCUCUUUUGGUUCGGUGAGGGUUACUGCAGAAAAAAAAAUAAUUAACGAAACGAAAACCAGCGAAAAACUUUGGGAACGCAAUUUGAGAGGAAACCAGAGAGAGCUUUUCGAGCACGAAUAGAAAGAUGAUGAGGCUGCAAACGUAUGCGGGGUUGAGCUUUCUUGGAACUUUAGCUGUUAUCUAUCAUGCAUUUAACAGUAGAGGCCAGUUUUACCCAGCCAUGGUUUAUUUGUCCACCUCCAAGAUCAGUUUGGUGCUUCUUCUCAAUAUAGGUCUUGUGAUUAUGUGUAUUUUGUGGCAAUUAACCAAACGGAUAUUUCUUGGGUCCCUUCGAGAAGCGGAGGUUGAGAGGCUUAAUGAGCAAUCAUGGAGGGAAGUCAUGGAAAUUCUCUUUGCAAUCACAAUUUUCCGGCAGGACUUUUCGGUUUCGUUUCUUGCCAUGGUUACGGCUCUGUUGCUGAUCAAGGCGUUGCAUUGGUUGGCUCAGAAGAGAGUAGAGUACAUUGAGACCACUCCAUCAGUGCCAAUGCUGUCUCAUAUUCGUAUUGUUUCUUUCUUGGGGUUUCUCCUUGCACUCGAUAGUCUCUUUUUGUACACUUCAGUAAAUGAUUUGAUACAGUCGCGGAAGCCUUCAGUUUCACUCUUCUUUUCGUUUGAGUACAUGAUACUUGCGACGACCACAGUAUCUACAUUUGUCAAAUAUGUUUUCUAUGUUAGUGAUAUGCUUAUGGAGGGACAAUGGGAGAAGAAACCUGUCUAUACAUUCUAUUUGGAACUCAUACGGGACUUGCUUCACUUAUCUAUGUAUCUCUGCUUCUUUCUUGUAAUUUUCAUGACAUAUGGUGUGCCUUUACACUUGAUACGUGAGCUCUAUGAGACCUUUAGGAACUUUAAGAUUCGUGUUGCUGAUUACGUUCGUUACCGGAAGAUCACUUCAAACAUGAAUGAUCGAUUUCCAGAAGCAACACCUGAAGAGCUUGAUGCAAGUGAUGCAACCUGCAUUAUUUGUCGUGAAGAGAUGACCACAGCCAAGAAACUAAUCUGCGGACAUCUUUUCCAUGUGCAUUGCUUACGGUCCUGGUUAGAACGACAACAUACCUGUCCAACUUGCAGAGCCCUAGUUGUACCUCCUGAAAAUGGGACAAGUACAGCUGGAGGACAAAAUGGAUCACGAUCAGAUUCACAUCAAGGGACAGGCAUCUCAGGUACAUCUGGUCAGGGUUCAGUUGGUGGUGUGGCAAGUGAUAAUGUGAGCCUUCAUCAGGCCAGGCUUCAAGCUGCUGCUGCAGCUGCCUCAAUAUAUGAGAAAUCUUAUGUUUAUCCUUCUGCAAACACCUUGGUGUGGUCCCCUGGUUAUGCUGUACUUCCUCAGACUCAAAUACCUUUGGCCAACUCUGCCAGUAAUGAAUCUGGUGGACAAUCACAACGACAGUUUGUACCCCCUGGUGGACCUGCAAACUUAUCCACACCUCAAUUUCCACAAUACAUUUUGGUUCCUUUUCAGGCAUCCAAGACUAAUUUGACUGACGAAGAGAAGUUGAACAGUGAUCCAAAAGUAUCAGAUACUCAGAUGGAUGCUCAAAGACAGCUACUUCAACACCAGAUUGAGGUCCUGCAAAAUCAGCUCCAACUUUUACAAAGGUCUAAAACGGAGCAAAGCAGGGAAAUAGAUCCUACAAAAUCAUUAGACAACAAAGAAAAGGGCAUUGCAUCUUCAUCAUCAAAUGCUUCGGACUCUGGAUAGACCACAACUAGAGAGGACUCAAAAUGAAAACGUUAAUGUUGAAUGUGUGGAGCAGUUCCAUUUGAGAGUUUCUUUUCUUUUUCUUUCUCUUUCUUGUAGUUUAAAGAUUAAAAUUUCUUAUGUGUAAAUACUUAAUAUGUAAAAACAAAAAGAUUAGGCCAAUCCCAACAUUCUAAAAGAACCUAAUAUUCAUUGAGUCA